GUCUCCGGCCGGGCUGCGCCCCGCGCCCUUUUCGCCGCGAUGAAGCGCCCCUGCGAGGAGACGACCUCGGAGAGCGACCUGGAUGAAACCAUCGACGUGGGAAGCGAGAACAAUUACUCGGGGCAAAGUUCUAGCUCUGUGAUUAGAUCGAAUUCUCCAACAACAACAUCUCAGAUUAUGGCAAGAAAGAAAAGGAGAGGGAUAAUAGAGAAAAGGCGUCGAGAUCGGAUAAAUAACAGUUUAUCCGAGUUGAGGCGACUGGUGCCAACUGCUUUUGAAAAACAAGGCUCUGCAAAAUUAGAAAAAGCUGAAAUAUUACAAAUGACAGUGGAUCAUUUGAAGAUGCUUCAGGCAACAGGGGGUAAAGGCUACUUCGAUGCGCACGCGCUGGCCAUGGACUUCAUGAGCAUCGGGUUCCGAGAGUGCCUGACGGAAGUGGCCCGGUACCUGAGCUCCGUGGAAGGCCUGGACUCGGCGGACCCCCUGCGGGUGCGGCUGGUCUCCCAUCUCAGCACGUGCGCCUCGCAGCGGGAAGCAGCGGCCAUGACCUCCUCCCUGGCCCACCACCACCACCCGCUGCACCCGCACCACUGGGCCGCGGCCUUCCACCAUCUGCCCGCAGCCCUGCUCCAGCCCAACGGACUCCACGCCUCGGAGUCCACGCCCUGCCGCCUCUCCACGACUUCAGACGUGCCUCCUGCCCACGGCUCCGCGCUCCUCACGGCCACGUUUGCCCACGCGGAUUCUGCCCUUCGGAUGCCAUCGUUCCCCCUGUCCUUCGCGGGGGCCUUCCCCAUGCUCCCCCCAAACGCCGCCGCUGCCGCGGUGGCAGCCGCCACAGCCAUCAGCCCGCCCUUGUCCGUAUCAGCCACGUCCAGCCCUCAGCAGACGGGCAGUGGAACUAACAGUAAACCUUACCGACCCUGGGGGACAGAAGUGGGCGCUUUUUGAGUUGUCAUUGAACCUGUUGCCAUGGUCACUGAAAGUCCUGCAUGUCAGCAUCUGCCCCGGAGGCCGCCGUACAGAUGUCUGCAGACCCACCAAGGAACAGUAAAGCUCUCUGAGACACACACCUCACAGGUGGAAAUGUGGUAUUAGCGAUCUGUUUGCUUUCUUGUGGUUGGUUCAGGCAGCUUGGUAACUGACGUCAGCAACGUCUGAGAACUUCACAGUUGCUUCCAUGUAGAAUUUCCCCGGAAAGUAAAAGACUGUACCAUCCAGCCUCGCCUCGGUUUAUCCAAAUUGGAGAAGAAAAGGGCUCUGACUGAAUUCUCUUGAAACCAGAUGGAAAAAAUAUAUUCGUGUUUCCUAAGUGCCUGAGCUAGUGAAGUUUUGUUCUGAGCAUGGAACAUUGCACAAGGGAUGGGGGUAGAAGUUAGGUUAAGAAGGGAGAGGGACAGAAGUCUUGCGUUAGGCUGCAGACAUAACAAUGCCAGGGAAGAGUACUCUGUUGAAACCAACAGGUUUUUAUUGGCCAAAAGGAUUGCUGAAAAUAAUUUUUUCAAGUUGAAAGACCGAGUUUUAUCUUAGUUUCCUUUCUUUGUACAGACUUGCCAAGUGGUGACAUUCAGCAAUACACUGGUAUAAGCAAUUAUUCCAUCAGCGCUCAGAUUAGCCAGCAUUCUGCCUUGUCUGCAAACCCCAAGGCAUCUUUUUCUUUCAUGGCUCAGAAUGUGGUGCUUCUUCUAUAAACCAUACGUUUAUGGAGUACGCCCAGGAGCAGUGACCUACUGUGUGCCCACCAGAGGCUAGCUGAUUCAUGCCAACUUGAAAACUCCAGUUUGUAAAAGUUUAGCAUAAUUUAUUCCGUUUCAUUUGGACUAUUUCCACAUAUGUAUCCUCUUCAUUUUGUCCCGAUGACGUGUACUAUCCUUGUCAUCCUUUUGGGAGAAGUAGCAUUUCUGGAGGUGAUGAGACAGGGAGGUAGGUAGAGAGAUAGCAUUUGGAACAGAAAAGCCACGAUUUUUAAAUGCUCUUUGUCAAGCUGAAGAUUGCGUUUGACCCCAAAUCAAGAUGAAUGUAUGCAAUGGGAUGUACAUAAAUUAGUUUGUCCAUGCCUAGACUAGUGCUACAUAAUGGUGUUUUGGUUUCAUUUUGUUUGGUUUUUUAUUUUGUUUAAUGACAAAAUAAUCUCUUAAUACAUUGAAAUUGAGCACAUGAGAUUUUAUGUUUGAAAGAUAAAGACACAGCAUGUAUUAUUAUUAUGCACUUCAUUUCUCUGCUGUGUGGAGAAAGCAAUAAAGAAGAAUGUUAAACAUUAUGCAACAUUAUACUUUUAAAUAUUUGUUUUAAAAUUACUGUACCUAGUCCUUUUUGCAUUACUUUGUAACCUUUUUCUAUGCAAAAGUCUACAUAUCACUAAUUAAAUGAAGUCCUUUUUGACUAUUUUUAUGUGGCUGAGUUGCUUUGCAGAAUGUAAAGUUGAUAUGAAUUUCAAGCAAGGCCUUCCUUCACUAACAAAUUAAACCAGGGCUUUUCUUUUGCUCUUUCACAGCUUGCUUGAAAUUAGUUUUUAUCUGAGCUUGUAAAUCUAUUAAGCAUAGGGGGGUAAGACAUUAUUUGGAGGCAGGAAGUGAUCCGUUUCCUUUGCCUUUUAUUCUUAACCACGGUUCUUGGAAAAGUGCAAAUACAAGAACUCCAAAUAAUACUAGUAGUAUACCGGACGUGGGGUAAUAGGCUAGAAUGUGUCCUACGUUUUAUAACUCAAAAACAUUUGUAGUGUUUUUAAAAAUCACAUGCAUACGUGAAGGGCGUAUAUAUGCCUCCUGAUGAUGAAUCCUCUAUAUCUACCUCAAUGCCAAUUUUUUUUGAUGCUGUAGUAAUUAUGCAGAUAUCCCUCUUCAAUGAAGCCUGAAAAAGACCAUUAUAGAGAUCCCAAAGCUAUUGGGCCAAACAUAUGAAAAAUUAAGAAAGAAUGCUCUUAUUAUGCAUUUCACUUAUGCUCAAAGCUAAAGGAAAAAGUGGGAGGCUUUUAGUUUUAAAAAAUCAAGCGUAUAGUUUAUCUAAUUUCUUCUGUCUGGAAGUGGGUAAAAAAAAAUGAGCAAAAACAGAUCACCAUGUUCCUUCUCUGUGAAGCUCUCUGGUUAUUAAAUUUUCUGUUAGCUCUGAUGGAAUUAGGUAGCAAAUAAGAAAAUGGAUUUAGUAGUAUUUGAAGUUUGCUUUUUAAUCAUGAUUUGUGGGCUGCUCGCAUAGAAAUGAUAUUUAUUAUCUAAUAGUUGAUCCUGUGCCUAUUGUAAUGUCAGCAUUUAAAGAAUUCUUUUCCUA